AGUCCUACCCGAGGUCGCACAUGGGCCGCUCCGGGGUCAAUGGUUCUUUGGAGGACCAAGCAGAGAACCGACUCAAAAGAGUAAGGGGGAGGAGGACAGCUAAGGAAAAAGCAACGAAGACACCCUGAAAGGCGACGUCGAACCAGGGAACCGAGGACAAGGAACAGGGAACAAGGUUUACCAAAGCGAAUCCUCGUACACUCCCACUACAGCUUCCCUCUGCGCCUCAACUACCGGCUUAAACGAGCCACGCCACUUAUGCGACAAAGAAAACGCCAUAUUCCUGCGACCAGUUUUAGAAACCACCCGCUACUUUUAACCAGGCAGGCCAAUCAGCACGGUGAGGCCUUCAAUCAAAUCAGUCACAUUCCGAUUGGCCAAUGGCAUUGAAGACUCGGCCCUCCAUACCCAGCUCUGAUUGGUCUUCAAUCCCGGAAUAGGCGUUAACCUCAGGAAGGAGCUGGCAAGAUGGCGUCCCUGGAUCGGGUGAAAGUACUGGUGUUGGGAGACUCAGGUGUUGGGAAAUCUUCACUAGUUCAUCUUCUAUGCCAAAAUCAAGUGCUGGGAAAUCCAUCAUGGACUGUGGGCUGCUCAGUAGAUGUCAGAGUUCAUGACUACAAAGAAGGAACCCCAGAAGAGAAGACCUACUAUAUAGAAUUAUGGGAUGUUGGAGGCUCGGUGGGCAGUGCCAGCAGUGUGAAAAGCACAAGAGCAGUAUUCUACAACUCUGUAAAUGGUAUUAUUUUAGUACAUGACUUAACAAAUAAGAAGUCAUCCCAAAAUUUGUAUCGUUGGUCAUUGGAAGCUCUCAACAGGGAUCUGGUGCCAACUGGAGUCUUGGUAACAAAUGGGGAUUAUGACCGGGAACAGUUUGCUGAUAACCAAAUCCCACUGUUGGUAAUAGGGACUAAACUGGAUCAGAUUCAUGAAACCAAGCGCCAUGAAGUUUUAACUAGGACUGCUUUCCUGGCUGAGGAUUUCAAUGCAGAAGAGAUUAAUUUGGAUUGCACAAAUCCACGGUACUUAGCUGCAGGUUCUUCCAAUGCUGUCAAGCUCAGUAGGUUUUUUGAUAAGGUCAUAGAGAAGAGAUACUUUUUAAGAGAUGGUAAUCAGAUUCCAGGCUUUCCUGAUCGAAAAAGGUUUGGAGGAGGAACAUUAAAGAGCUUACAUUAUGACUGAAUUACACUCAUCCUUUGGAAGAGGAAGCAAUUGGUGACAGUUUUUCACAGCGUUCUCCUUGCUGUUUCGAUUAUUCCUGUCCCAGCCUUUUAGCAAAAUCAUCUUAAAAUGCUACCCUUCAGCCUCGCCGUUUAAUGGAAAACUGAAAGAAAGUGACAGCGUGGGAGGUCCAAACUUUGUCCCCAUUCUCUCUGUUCCUCACCUUUUUGUCCCUUUUUAUAGAUUAUAUAAAAGCCUUGUGGAAAUAUGAGAUGUUGUCAAAAUGAUGCAGUAAAUGAGCAGUGACAGAAUGCUGCAGAGAAAAUUUACUCUUGCUUAGAACUGGAGGGGUUUUAUGGGUCUGUAAUUUUCCCACACUCCUUGCUGAAGACUUAAUUAAGUACUACAAAAAUGUAUCUCUAUUGUUUUACCUUCUUGAGGGGAAAGGUUAUGUUAACCAGCCCUGAGUUGUCCACCCCAAACAAUCUCUGUCAUUUUCCAAGAAGCAAAAUGCUGUUAUUUAAUUGUCUCCACCUUCAUCACACACAAGGAUGCCUAAUAAUAGCAACCCGUGUCUUUCUCUCCUCUCCUUUGCAAAUGGCUCAGUGGCUGGAAGAGGCGGGCUAAUAGCUGGAGUUAAAUAUGAAUAGAUUAAUAAUACAUAGAGAACAGCAGUACCAGAAAAGAAGACUUCUGCAAGAAACUGACAGCUCACUAAAUCCUUCACUCUUUAGGUUACAGCUGUCUGCAUCCCCUUACUGUUUUCUUUUUGGAAAUAGGUAGGAUGAAAUCGCAGACCUGCAUAAGAACAGCAAGUGAGAUUUACAGCCUCUUCAAUUUUUUUUUUUUUUGAAGGAAAAGUCAACUCCUAAAAUGCCUUUUGACUAUAGUCCAUAAACUGAGAGUAUUAUUUGUUGUGUCAACAAUGUAUUUAUGGAGAAAAGUAAAAAUAAGUUCCACAGCAAUACAUUUACAUGAAUUAUGGACUAGUAUUCUUGGAUGUCAUAAUCCAAAGUUUUUGGGGGGUGGUGUGUGUGUACAUGCAUAAUUGUUCAUCACUUUUUUUACCCAUCUUCUUUGCUUGUAUAAUUCCCUUUGCCCCAGUUCUUUGUUAAUGUAUAAACCUGUUUUACAAAAACUGUAAUUUGCUGCCUUAUUCAACAACACCUUUUCACACAUAUUCUCUCUCUGGCUCUGGCACGUCUCUGCACUCCUGAUUUUGCUCCAUAUUAAAAUAUAAUAAGUACAGUUUGGGCUUCUCAUUUUAAAACUAGGGAAAAAACACUAAAUUCUCUCUAUUUCAUACUUUGGAAAUGAAGGUAUGCUUAAAGAGGGCAUUAAAAUAACGAUAUUAGACUGAGCUUUGAGAAGGGCAGCCUUGGGAAUUCGGAAAAGGAUUUCAUCAGCUAGAAUACUCUCUGGUCUUUCUUCACAUCCUCGCCCACAAGAGUUAGCCCGGAUUUCUUUUUUGACAUAAAGGAGAGCUAUGCAAAUCAGGAUCUGUAUGUGGAAUUUGGCACAAGUAUGUUGUGACAAAGGCUGUGCAGUUAGGAAGUAGAAACCAAAUUCAUACACAAAGAUCUAAACCAGCUGAAGCUGUUUGUAUUCCUCUUUAAAAAAAAAUAAAUCAAUAACCCUUUCCUUCCCUCUUUCUUUUAAUUAGAAAAAAAAGAUGUAUUUUUUUAAUUUUGUCCAUUUUUAAAAUAUAAAAGUAACCUAUUACUGCUGGGUUUAGGGUCAACUUUGAAAAAUUGACAAUACUCAAUUCCAUUUCCUCUUGCUGUCAGGCUUGACUCCUGAAUUAUCGUUUUCUAAGAAAAAAAGUAAGUUUUAAUAAUCUAAGGUAAGUUUGUCUCAAGUAUUAGUAGCAGCAAAAUAAGGUUGUUUGCCAAAAUGAAUGUUAUUAGCCAGAGUACUUCAAAAAUAAUCUUUUGAAGCAUAAUCUUUGCUAAGACUUCCUGAGACCUGCUCAUAAACAUUGCUUUUAGAUAAUAAGUGUAAAUACCAGAUACUUUCUAAACAGUAUUAAAUAAAUCUUUUUUUUUUUUUUUUUGGUCUUUUAAGGGCCUCACCCGUGGCAUAUGGAAGUUCCCAGGCAAGGAGUCACAUUGGCUGCAACCUAUGCCACAGUAACAGCAAUGUGGGAUCUGAGCCAUAUCUGUGACCUACACCACAGGUCAUGGCAAUGCUGGAUCCUUAACCCACUAAGCAAGACCAGGGAUUGAACCUGCAACCUCAUGGAUACUAGUCGGGCUUGUUACCGCUGAGCCAUGACAAGUACUCCUAAUUUUCUUACUUUCUUGAUGGAACAAAUUGCUAGCAAUAGAGAAAGUUGGUUUAUUUUUUGUUCCUAUUGUGAUUCAAAUGUCUAACCAAUGUCCCUACUCAUUGUAGAGGCAACCAGAUGUGAAGAUAUAUGACCAGUCAUUUGUCUCUCAGAUCUCUUAGUUGGAAUCCACUAAGAAUUUGGGUUGGUGCUGUGAGAAUUAACAUAUGUCUUUUCUAUCAAAGGAAGCCUUGGUUACUCCAUUUUGUUCCUACUUUGUCUGAGACAGCCUCCUCCACCACCCCCACAAUUUUUCCCUCUUCUCCCAAUAAUAGUUUGUUUCAAAUUAGUCAACCAAGAAGAAUGUGCGCCCUGAACUGACCAAUGGGAAGGGGACACAUGUACCACCUGCGUUAGGGAUAAAUAGUGGUGUUCCUUCUUUGUGUGCGCUUUUUGAGCACUUGCGCCCUUCUGCAGAAGUAAAGAGCCUUGUCAAGA